AUGACGGAAUCGGCUAUCUGGAAAGGUACGAAACAGUUUUUUGGGGCCGUGAUCCUCGGUAUAGAUCAUCAACCUGAAGUUGAUGAUGCUGAAAUCGAAAAGUUUGGUGACUCUGAACAACUCGACGAAGGUGCCCCAGUGGAAAAGAAAUCUCCCUUGGGAUACAAUGUCAGUCAUUUAACAGCAUGUUAUUUGAUUAUUCAAGGUGUUAUUGGUACGGGUAUUUUUGCAACUCCUGCUACCAUUUUGAAGUCCAUCGGAUCUGUCGGUGCUAGUUAUCUAUUGUGGUGUGUUGGAUUUAUCGUUAAUCUUUUCAUCGUGUUCAUGUACGUUGAGUACGUUACCUAUUUCAGAAGAAGAUCGGGAGCCCAGGUGGUUUAUUUGGAGCAGGCAUAUCCUAAUCCUAAAUUUAUGGUUCCUGUCAUGUAUGCAGCCGUGUCUGUGACUCUUUCCUAUAUCACUUCAUCUGCUUCAUCCUUUGCUCAAUACGUGUUCAAAGGUGCUAACUACGAUGCUACCUCCUGGCAACAGAGAGGACUAAGUGUUGUUCCUCUUCUUCUUGCAGCUUCUCUUGUGGCUUUGAAUACCAAGUGGUGCAUGAGACUAAAUAAUCUAAUCGGUUUCUCCAAAGUGAUUUUCAUUUUAUUCGUUUCCUUUUCAGGAUUUGCUGCUCUUGCGGGUUCCACCAAGGCUCCGAAGGAUCACAGUAUCUUCCAUAAUGCUUGGGAAGGUACGACCCGUGAUGGUAAUGAUAUUUCAAAUGCUCUUUUGAAAGUUAUUUUCUCAUUCGGUGGUACUCCUUACGCCUUUGGUGUCGUUGCUGAAACUCAUCCAAAGAACACCAUUAGAACCUACAAGUAUUUUGUUCCGUUUACUUUAUUCCUCAUCUUCAUUUUGUAUAUCCUCUGUGUUACUGCUUACUACGCAGGUAUCGGUAACAAAGAGGAAAUUACAAAGACUGGUAACUUGGUUGCAGCCGUCUACUUCCAGAAGAUCUUUGGUAACGAAUCGGCUGUCAGGGCCAUGUGCGCAUUUGUGGCACUUUCUUCUUUUGGUCAUUUGCUUACUGCGUUUAUUGCUCAUUCCAGAGUUUUGAGAGAAUGCGGUAGACAAGGUGUGCUUCCAUAUCCAAGGAUAUGGGCUAGCGUUAAACCUUUUAACACACCUAUUUUCCCUAUAUUCGUCACUGUCUGUGUGAAUUUGGUUGUGUUGCUUGCGCCUCCUCCAGGAGAUGCUUACAACUUUGUUGUCGACUUGGGUUCCUAUGCCGAUUACAUCUUCAACGUUCUAUUGGCCAUUGGUCUAUUCAGGGUUCGCCGUGACAGAAAGAGAAGAGGUUUAGGAUACCGUGAAUUCCAUAUUCCAACGAUACUUUUACUUAUCGUCUUACUUUGGUCACUCUUUGUGCUUGCCAUGGCAUUCGUGCCUCCUAAGGGCACUUUGAUUGGUAGCGAUGUUUCUUUCUUCUAUGCUACAUAUCCUAUUACCACGUUUGGUAUCUUUGGAUUGUGUGUUGUUUACUACUUCUUCUGGGCUUGGAUUAUUCCAAGGGCUAGAGGCUAUAAGCACAGAGUUGUUACUUAUGACCUGCCCAAUGGUGAAAGAGGACACAAAGUGCUCAAUGUUCCACGGGAAGAGCUUGAAGAGUGGGACAGAGAGCACAGCUCAUCAGCAAAUGGCUUGAACUCAAUAGGCUAUGAUGACGAAGUGACAGGAAGCUUGGAAACAUCAGUUUACAAAGUGAACACCACCAACUCUAAUAACUCUUCAAAAAAAUCUGUUCCUGCCGCUGAGAAAACUGAAGAUCAUCAAUAA